CCUUCUCAUGCCUUGUUAUUGAAUUGCAUCAUUUGAAGUGUUGGGAUGUAUGAAUUAAGAAUUCGUUGAAAGUUAAUAUUUAUAAUAAAUUAUGUUCUCGGUUAUCUUACCUGCAAGAUAUUUGAGAGCUUGCUUAUCAUGUGUAAAAUUAAAAAAUUUUCGAUCGUUUUGUUAUCGGAGAUAUGUCUUUGAACAACUUUUCCCAAUUUGUAAUUUCCAUACGUCAGCCACAUUUCAUAAGAAAAAAGAUUAUUAUGACGUACUCGGUGUUUCAAGGAAUUCCAGCCAAAAAGAAAUAAAGAAAGCUUAUUACCAGCUUGCCAAAAAAUAUCAUCCAGAUACCAAUAAAGAUCCUCAAGCUGCAAAGAAAUUUCAAGAAGUUUCAGAAGCUUAUGAAGUGUUAAGUGAUGAUGCAAGACGCAAACAAUAUGAUCAGUGGGGAACCUCAACAGAUUUUGGAGCAGGUGGACCAAAUGCUGGUUUCCAAGGUUUUCAAUCAACAAUUGAUCCUGAGGAACUUUUUAGAAAAAUAUUUGGUGAUUUUGGUUUAAACAUGGGUUUUCAAGAUUUUGCAGAGUCCCAAUUUGGUUUUGGGUCAUCUAAAGAGAUUAUAGUAAAUUUAAGUUUCCAAGAAUCAGUUCGGGGUGUCAACAAACCUGUAUCAAUUAAUGUAGUUGAUACAUGUCCUAAAUGUCGAGGAUCAAAAUCUGAACCUGGUACUAAAUCAAUUCCUUGUCCUUACUGUAAUGCAACAGGAAUGGAAACACUUAGCACAGGACCAUUUGUAAUGAGGACGACGUGUCGUUAUUGUCUUGGUACUAGAAUGCAUAAUAAAUUUCCAUGUUUAGAAUGUGAAGGAAAGGGUAAAACAGUUCAAAAAAGAACUGUUACAGUACCUGUUCCAGCAGGAAUAGAAGAUGGGCAAACUAUUCGUAUGCAAGUAAAUAAAGAAGAAUUAUUUAUUACAUUUAAGGUAUCAAAAAGUAAUUAUUUUAGACGAGAAGGAGUUGAUAUACACACAGAUGCAACCAUUAGUUUAUCCCAAGCGGUUUUAGGAGGCAAGAUUAGAAUUCAAGGUUUAUAUGAAGAUGUAGAUAUAAAAAUAAAUCCUGGUACAUCUUCACAUUCAUGUAUUCGAUUACCAGGAAAAGGGGUAAAACGAGUAAAUAGUUUUGGCAAUGGUGAUCAUUUUGUUCAUGUGAAAAUUAAAAUUCCUCUGAAAUUAUCUGAUAAACAAAAAGCUUUAAUGACUGCUUUUGCUGAAUUAGAAGAUGAUACUCCAGGUACAGUAGAAGGUAUUCAGACAAAAAAAGAAGAUGAUGAAAAGAUCUAUGCUGGAAAAGAAAAAAGCCAUGAAUGGGAUAAAAACAGUGGUUUAUUAUCAAAAAUUAAAAAAGCUAUAUUUGGUUGAAGAUAAAAAUUGAAAAAUUACUAUAAAUGGAGAUAGAACAAAUAUUUGAAGAUGCCAUAAUAAACUCAAUAGACAGCUGCUUUGUUGAAAAAUGUUUAAAGAUUUUAAAUGAAUAAAUUUAUUAAGUUUGUCUUAUUAUCUUUUCAAUAAAAUUAUUAUUUACUUAAAAUAAAAUCAAGAUAUCUAGAGUAAAUAAGCCAUUGCUAACAUGUUUUGCAAAAAUUAGUGUAAUUUUGCAUGUUAUGAUUUUUAAAUGAAAUAUAUUCAUGAAACUGAAAAAUAAUUUUAAAAUUGUAAAUAAAAAUAAAUUUUUCUAC